AUGGCGCUGCGAGUUCGAUUUGAAGAUCUCGAGGUAUGUGAAGAGGUUGGUCGUGGUGGAUUUGGUGUGGUUUACCGAGGUAUCAUCAAACUGACACUGACCGAAGUCGCUAUCAAACAAAUAGACCUUGAAGAGCAGCCCGACUUGGACGAGAUCAAUAAUGAAAUUGCCAUUAUUCUGGAGUGCCGGCACCCCAAUAUCACUCGUUUCCUUGGGUGUUUUGUCCGAAACUAUCGCCUUUGGGUGAUUAUGGAAUAUGUUGAUGGAGGCUCUCUCCACGAAUUGCUUAAGCCUGCUGCUAUAAACGACGAACUGACGGUGGCAUUGGUCACCUACGAUUUGCUACUAGCACUUGAUUAUCUCCAUCGCUACGGCAAAAUCCACCGAGAUCUCAAACUGCAAAAUAUCCUAGUAUCGAAAGAAGGAGAUGUUAAGCUUACCGACUUCGGUGUUCUGACUCAAUUGCUGAGUAAUUUCAGUCGGCGCAACACUACUGUGGGCACACCAUACUGGAUGGCACCGGAGGUGAUAAAUAACUCUGAGGGACACCUGUUUAAAGCUGAUAUUUGGCUGUUAGGCUGUUGUGCCUACGAAAUGAUUACAGGGAAGCCUCCCCUACAACUGCAACUUCCACCUAUGAAAGCGUUACGUCAGAUAUCGCAAUGUCGAGAUUUUACGCUGCUUAUUGAAGUUGAGUCCCUCCCAAUCUCACGGUUGUUUCGCGAUUUCCUAACGAAAUGUUUCGCUGUGAAUCCACAACGGCGUUGGCUGGCAUCGCAAUUGUUACGUCAUAAGUGGAUUGUGGCCCGGAGCCACGAUAGGCGUCGUUUGAAAAAGUUGAUUACCGCGAAGCAGUUAUGGGACCAGGACCAUCAAGUUGGCAAAAUCCAUAAUUUUUAUGUCCCGACAGAGAUUGCCAAUAACCAGCGGAAAUGCCAAACCCCUGAGAGAAAUGACGCCGCCGAAGCAAUUGUGUUUGAUAUGAGUACUAUCAACUUAGGUAGUGGCCCCGAGAGCCAGGAUUCCCCUCAAGAGGAAGAAGUUGCUGCCACAAGCACGAUCAAGCUAUCAUCCCCAUCAAGUGCAGCCAAACUACCGCUGGACACAAAUCAGGUAUUUGGAGCGGCGGGUGCAUUUUCCGGGGCAGGCAACAAUAUACGGGCGUCCCCAUCAGGCGAUGAUCUUUCGUUGGAGGCUUACCGAAUGCCCCUUCACCGAGUUCUUACAAAGGUGUUCCACAAAUUGGAGUCACGAUGUGCUCUCAGUACCCAGCAGUAUGACUUGUUGGUGAAACUUAACGAUACUAUGUUAAACUUACUUCAAUAUCUGGAUAUGAGGAAGAUUGUACUAUUCCUAUACCUCAAGUACUUUUUGAAAGAGGUGUCCAAGCCCAGCAAUCAGCAACUUCUGAAGCUGAUCAUACCUCUGAAUUUCAAGGUUGGACUUCCUCGGCAAGGUACUCCUGAUGGCGAAUCUCGUGUGGCGCUGCUGGCACACUUACCGCACCGUAUGACUCAAUUCGACGAAGUGGAGUACUCUUUGUUUGACUCGUGGAUCCAACGAAUGAAGCAUGAACACAAGCCUCAUUGA